GGUAAAUACUCUUCUCAUCGUCUACGUCGACCAUGCCGCCGAAGGGGCACAAACCGGGUCUCACACGUACGCACUCCCAUACCCGUUCGUCUUCUACGACGAAGAUUGCGGGAGCAGUCCCCGCACACCUGCAGUUGACCGGGAAUCCGCCUGCGUUGAGAGGCAAGAAACAUGGGCACCUGAAUGAGGCCUCUGGGAGGACCUCCCCCUUUCCGCGAACCUCGUCCGGACACCGCGUCCGAUCGAAGGAUACCAUCUCGCACAUGCAGACGAUGAACCCUUAUCACCAGCACGCGAAGCGCGGCAAAGCCAAUACCUCGACCACGCGGAGGACUAAGGCCGGCUUUACGCUUCGCGCUAACGAUGACUCUGAAGAGGAGGAAGAGGUCGAGGACGAUGGCGACUGGGUCAGCAGCGCGAAUAACAGUGGCGCCACGACCCCUGCGCGCCAACCCUCGGGCGACGACGGCCGGCCAAAUGAGGAGACGGUGAAAAACGUACAGAAGCGGAUAGAGCAGGAAGUGAAACAGGCGGGGAGCAGGGAGGCUGCGCCGGACGAUAUCGCGGCGAAGGCGCGACCCGGUGAUAACGGCCGCCUCCAGGACAUGAACGCGCAGCGGGCUCCUGAUGCCAUCCCUGCCAACGUGCAUGAGCAGAGGCAGCAGAGACCACCGACAUCGGAUGCCCCGCGCCCCCGUCAACCGUCCGACAGGGCGCAGCCCCCGCCGUCAACAGCAGCAAAGCCGCCUCCCAUAACCACGAUGCCCCACCUCGCUCCUCCGUCGCCGCAAACCCAGACUCGCCAGCAGAAGCCCGAACAACCGCCUAUCCGCCAGCACGAUUAUGGUAAUGGGCACAUCAACGGGCAUGGGCCGCCGUCGCCGGAAUCGACGCUGUCGCCCACCUCUCCGCCUGUUCCGCAGACCGUGCCCAGCACCCCUCCCCCGCAGACGAGCACGCCGAUGCCGCAACGCGCCCGCUUCCCUCGCAGCCAGCCGGCGUCACCCACGCAUAAGCACGGCAAGCGUCUAUCCACGAUCUCCACGCAAUCGACCCGCCCCCCGUCCACGCACUCCAUCGCACAUGCACCACUCCGCCCCCAUCCUCUCAUCCGCGCGAAAUCUUACACUCUCGACCACCACCAGCCGAAGACUCCGGAGCUUAUACCAGAGGAGGGGCACGCCACCAGCGCGCUUGCUCCGCUCAAUGUCAAUGCGCAACUCACGGGUGCGUCGCCUCCUGAGGAGCACGACCGGGCGCGGGGCGAUCGCACUAGCCGGCGGACGGAGAGCAUCUCGAGCUCGACCUCGUUCUCCUCUUCGACCGCCACACUUCAGCACUUCCAGCAACAGCACUCGCCAGGUGUCGCGACGCCGCGCACGCGCACCCUCUCGAGCGCGUCGUCUGCCAUCUCGAGCCUCGCGCACAUCCCGUCGGCCCUUGCGUUUACCACGCACCACGCCUCGCCGCACCACGGUGCGCAGGGGAAGAACCAGCUCGUGGGGUACAAGGUGUAUUUCCCGCGGGACGACGAUGCGGACGCGGUGCACUCGCUGCUGCCGACACCGUAUGCCUGGAACCACAUGAGUGUGCUGGGCGGGCGGGGCGGCAACGGGCGCGGGGCGCGGGCGCCGUUGUGGGAGAGCUGGGAGCGGGUGAUGCGGGCGAAGAACGCGGCGGCGCCGCCUGCGACUACCUGCUAAGGCGGCGACACCGAUGCGCGCUACUAAUGCGCCUCAGCAACUGCCUGUCAAGGCGCCUCCGGUGAUCGCCUGCUAAGGUGUUCCAGCGUCUGUCAAGGCGCCGCUACCGUCUAGGCGCUCGGGUGCUCCCAGCGACUACAACACGCUAAGGUGCGGCCAGCGACGACCGCAGCUACUUAUGAUUACUAUGGAUGCUUUUCAAGUAUUUACAUGCGCUUUACAUGCCGGACACGACCUGUACACAUCGAACCUUUCUAGACUGCUCUCUGUAACAUACUGUACUGUAUAAUUCAUGCAUAUGCCCCCCCCAAAGACCUUAUGAGUGACAUUUUCGGACUGCCGCAGGCAACCUUCAGUUGUCGUAAGGUCGCUGAGGUACCUCAUCCUCGCUCAAG